AUGGCCCUCGCCGGCAAGAUUGCCCUUGUUACUGGUGCCUCGAAGGGUAUUGGCAAGGCGACCGCUCUUGCUCUCGCUGCUGCUGGCUCGUCGGUUGUUGUCAACUUUAACUCUGACGAGCAGGCCGCUAAGGACCUCGUGGGCAAGAUUGGUGCUGAUCGGGCUCUCGCCGUCAAGGCUGACUGCAGCACUCUGAGCGGCAUUGACUUUCUGGUCAAGCAGACCGUCAACCGCUUCGGCCGCAUCGAUGUGCUGAUUGCCAAUGCUGGGAUUCUCCCCAUGAAGGACCUCGAGCACACCACCGAGGAGGACUUCGACCGCACCUUCACCCUGAACGUGAAGGGCCCAUACUUCCUCGCUCAGAAAGCAGUCCCCCACAUGCCAAAGGGCUCGCACAUCGUCUUCCUCUCCACCACCCUCACCAAAGCCUCGACCGUCCAACCCGCCUACCUGCUCUACAACUCCACCAAGGGCGCCAUCGAGCAGAUGACGCGCGUGCUGAACAAAGACGUCGGCCGCAAAGGCAUCUUCGUCAACGCCAUCGCGCCCGGCCCCACGGGCACCGAGCUCUUCUACAAGGGCAAGAGCGAGGAGAUGCUCAAGACCAUCGCCAACUUCAACCCGCAGGGCCGCAUCGGCACGCCCGAGGAGAUCGCGGAGAGUAUUGUGUUUGUCAGUGGGUCGUCGUGGUUGUCGGGGCAGGUUGUGGCUGUCAAUGGCGGUAUGGCUUAG